UACAAAUUCUUCCAUUUAGCCCAUGGAAAAAAGUGAAUAUAUAAAUUCACUUGUGGUAUUAGGCGAUGGAUCAUUCUCAACAGUAUACAAAGGAUAUGAUAAAAGAACAGGAGAAUCAGUUGCCAUAAAAAAACCGAAAAAGUUCAGCCAAGGAAAAGCUCACUUUCGUAAAGAGAUAGAUAUUUUGAAAAAACUACCUAAGCAUCCUAAUAUAAUUCAGGUCUUAGACCAUGCUGAGUCUGACAAAAAUCAGUACAUGAUUUUGGAGUACUGUCAAGGAGAAAGUCUCAUGUGUUAUAUGAAAAACAAUCUUGAGAAUGCUUUUGGUGUUAAAGUAAAUGAUUUUCACAAAGCACUUCUUGAUAUCACAGCAGGCUACAAACAUUUGAGAGACUGUAAAUUUGCACACAGAGACAUCAAGCCUGAUAAUAUUAUGAUAAGCUACAGCAGCAAAGAUGGAUCAACUACUUACAAGCUUGCUGAUAUGGGGACUGCCAAGCAGUAUACUGAUCAUGACAGUGAAGCUGGUAACUCAGCAACUCAGUUGAAAUCUAUUGUAGGUUCUAUAGACUAUAUGGAUACAUACAUGCUUGGUCGCUACAUUGACGAACAAAACAGACCAAAAUGGAAGGGCAAAGACAAGGAUGUAUACCGUGCAAAUAUCGACUUAUGGAGCAUAGGAUGUACUCUGGUGUACAUAGCCUGCAAUUGUGCUGCAUUUGCAGCAGCAACACCUGAUGAUAUCUUAGAUCUACACAAAGUUAGAAAAAGCGAUGCCAUAAUGGGAUCAAAUAUAAACGGCAAAAAAACAUUUUCAAAUGCUUUUAGAGAAGUAUCACCUCUCCGAAAAACUGCUUCACCGAGCCUGCAAGCAAAAUAUUUAAAUGUAAUUCUUGAGUGCUUCAAGCCUCUUGAAGAGAGAAGUGCCGACGCGUUUUUUGAAUCUGUGGGUGAAUUGAGAAAACGAGACUUGUGCUACAUGAUCAAUGUAAAUGAAGGGUUUGGACAGUAUGAACUAAGUAAGGAUGAAAUUUGCAGUACAGAUGCUGUAAGUGUCAUCUCCAUGAAGUCAAUUGACCACUUAUGUCUGGCUUUGAAGUUUCCUGUUCGUGUCAGAUUCACUUAUACCAAGGAUAUUAGUGUAAAGUUGAGGAAACCUCCAUUGAUAAUUAUGCCAUCUGAUCCUUACGGCAAAUAUAUCCAUGUCAUUAAGUCUCGGUGUUCAUCAAUAAGGAUUAUCGUUGCUCAAGUUCAGGAACCCGAUUUCGUAAUAGUUAUGCUGAAGCAUCUUUCCCUUAUUGUGGUGGAUGACGAUGAUUUUGAAAGAAUACAAAAAGAUCAUAUUAACCCAACUGAUAAUGUGAGUAACAACAUUUACACCCAGUAUUCGGAAAUUGAGCAAAUAUAUAAAGAUAUGGGGAAAGUGAAGCGUACGGUAGAGCUUGAUUCUCUACAGACUAGGUGCGGGAAUAUUGAGAAGGACCUUCAAGGCAAGCUCAAGGAGUAUGGAAAAGCAGUGUAUGGGAAGAAGCAGGCUACUGGACUCAUUAAAGCCUUGUCAGAUGCUAUAUUAUGUGCUAUAUUGAAGACUGAUAGCAUCAUGAAGAACACUGUUGCUAUUUAAUGAGUGGGCACCAUGGCUAACCCCCUGUUAACUGGAAAGUUGUUCUGUGCUGGUGUUUUCUGCAGUUCAUGCAUUUUUUCCCUGUUUAAAUGUACUUUUUAGUGUACAAAUUUGAUUUUUAACAGAAUUUUUAUCUUACGGAAUUUUAUUUUUAUGAUUCUUUAUGAAGCAGUCUAAAAGUUAUAAUACCUUUUGCUUCUGAUUUCUACUUCUUUCACUGAACUGAUUUAUUGUUGUCUUAUUGGGAAAAUAUGAUUAAUGCCAAGUACAGGAAGCGAAAGAAUGCGGAAAUACAUGUAAACUGUGUAUGGAAUUUUAUAGGAAGAAUGGCUGGGUAAUUUUAAAUAAACAAUUAUGAUACAUUUCUGCUUUCUAUUUUUAACAUCAUCUUUGUAUGGUAUUAUUGAUGAUGUAUUUUUUCAAUGUUGUUAGUUGCAUGUAAAUUUUGUGAUAAAAUAUGCCCAUCUUUUGUUUCUAUAGAGUAAGAACUUAUUGUUAUUCAAAUAGGCAAGUAAGUAAGUUAUGUACUCAAUACAGUGUCUUGAAUGAAAUAUAUUACUUCGCAAAUAUGAUAGUAUACUAUAUAACUAUACAAUUGAUCUCUUAGUAGC